AUGUUAAAGUCGAUAUGGCAGUUUGGUGAUGUAUUAUUAAAACCAAUUAUCGAUGUAGCUGGAUUAGAUAUCUCACAUUGGUUUGACCCGAAAACACAUAACAUUCGUCAAUACAUUGAUCCUGUCACUCAUUGCUUAUUACCCUAUACUCCCACUGGCCGUUUCGUUCAUAUAGCUCCUUCUUAUCCGUCAAGUAAUUUUGCCAAUGAUUUUGGUAUACCAUGGUGGAGAGAUGAUAAAUACAAAAUUGGUGUUUUAUCAAAAAAAGUUCGUCUAAUUCGGAUUUUAAAUGUUUUGACACUUCAAGAUCAAAUUAUUGAAGUAUGUAUGGAAGAAAAUAUGCAUGAAAUUCUCAAUCGAUAUUUGAGACAUAAUUCACAUGCGAACAGUUAUACAUGGAAAUAUGAUGGACGAGUGUUAGAUAUGGAGAAAACGUUGGAUGGAAAUGGUAUAGUCGAUGAUGAUAUGGAUUUUGAACGAUUAAAAAUGAGAGAUGAUACAUAUUUACAAUCAAUUAUUUUAUAUUACAAUGAUGAUUUGACAGAGGAUUAG